GGAAACAAUCAACUAUCAACUCGGUGCGAAGCAAAGCUAACGUUAGCUACCUUCAAUUUUGUAAUUUUGUAUUUUUCGCAAUUUUGGACAGCUGGCUGCUUUUGUAAUUUUGGACUGCUGGCUGUCAACAACAGAACGGAGGUUGAUUACAGAUGUCAACACAAGACACACUGCUCCGGGCCCAAGGACACACGCUGUCCUGCCACCAUGACUGUGGUCCUGAAAAGGAGUACAGAGGACAGGAGGUCAAGAUCAACAGAUCGUCAUUUGGGGGAAGGGUACCUGCUUCAGGUGAAAUGGAACAACAACCACAACCACCUUCUUAUUAGUGCGGAUGCUCUAAGGAAGAGAGAUGUUUCCAAAGAGACAGUGGAGCGUUUGAGUGACCUUUUCCAACAAGGCCACUCCCCCUCAUCUGCCCUUGACACAAUAAAAUAUGACCUGCAGGAGGAGAAAGGUGACGACUAUUUUCUGGUGGCUGCAGAUCGGUCAAUUGUUCCUGACCCUGGGUUUUGCUACAGGCUGUACUACAAAAUCUUCGCAAAGGCCUAUGGAGUUCCCUCAGGCGAAGGGAUGGCUGUGGAUCUUCAAAAAAGAUUAGACGCCAUCAACCAGGAGCACGGUGGCAGAUGUGCUCAGAUGGAGGUAAAGGAUGGACAGCUCAUAGUGGCCAUUUGUACACCCGUUAUGCAGCGUGUCCAUGCAGCAGUCCAGCAGAGCGGAGAGCUAGUCUUUGUCGAUUCCUCAGGGAAUUUCCCUCCAUGCGACCUUCCCGACAUCCAGGCUGCUGCUCUGUACAUUCCACCUGCUGCAGGCAAUGUGGCGUUGGCUUUGGGACAGCCACAAUAA